AUGGCGAAGGAUGAGUGCAAGGCGCUGCUGGACGCGCUGAGCAAAGUGACGGCCUGCUACCGGCACAUGGUGCUGACCAUCGGCGGCACCUCGGACUCGCAGAACCUGCGCGAGGAGCUCAAGAAGACCCGGCAGAAAGCCCAGGAACUGGCGGUGGCCAACCGCAACAAGCUCACGGCCGCCUUGCGGGACAAGACGGUGAGCAAAGAGGACAAGGCGGAAUUCGAGCGGCUUUGGGUCCUCUUCUCCACCUGCUUGGAGAUCCUGGAGACCGACAUGCGGCGCGCCCUGGAGCUGGGCCAGGAGUUCCCCCUCAACGUACCCAAAAAGCCGCUCAUCCAGACGGGGAUGAGCGGCGGCACCUCCGGGGUGGCCGCCCGGGCCAUGAGCGUCCAGAACAUGAAAUACGAGGCGGACAACAACAUCGACGUGGUGGAUUUGAAGGACCUGGAGAACGAGAUCAACCAAGUGGGGGAGAUGAUGUACGAGAUGGAGAUGAAAGUCAGCGUCCCGCAAUGGACGGUGGAGGCCAAGCAGGACCCCGGGGCGGAGCUCAAGUCCACCAUCAGCGUGGGCGCCUCCUCCAUCGGCAUGAUCGAGGUGGAGGAGAGCAAGGCCUUUUGCGAUAUCAGCAAAGUGCUGGCCGGCAUCAUCUUCACGGCUGUUCUCCUCAUCGCCAUCAUCCUGGCCGUGUGUGUGGCAAAGCUCUCCUAAGGUGGGGGAUGCCAGGUUCAGGGGAAGAGUUUGGCUUUUCUUGAUGAGGGAGAAAAAGGAGAGGCGUUUGUUCCCCCAGAUUAUGGUUUUCCAAGCAAAAGGGUGGAGGGAGGAGGCGAGUAUGGGAUGGGAUCCCUGUGCCGGAAUAAGGGGCAGGGGAUGUGUCCUGUUCAAGUCCUAAGCCUGAGGAUUUGUGCGAUAUUCUAGCUUUAAAGAACAGUCCAUCUAAGGUAUGUGGGUAUUACAACUCCCAGCCAUAGUAGGGAUUUGUUCGCUAUUUAUAGAUGAUUAUUCUCAGUAAGCAGGAAAAAAAGUAUUGUUUGUGAGUAGGUUCUACUGUUGGUCCAUGUUUACAAACUGAUUACAAAUUGCACAUGAUUUGGAGAUGGGAAUUAAUUCAGUGGCAAAAUGGAGACACCUAUAAAUUUACAUAUAAUUUCCUACAAACAUAAAUGAUGUUGUGGUCCUGAGUUGAAGAUUUGUUUUCUGUCUCUAAAAGAAGUGUGCUUUUAGUCCUGGGUGCUAAGCCUGAUAGUUUUAUGUUUUGUUUUUUUUGGUGGGAGGAGGAGUUUAGAACCAAAUGGUUUAAGAGAUCUGAACUUCUUUUGUUUUAUCGGAACUAAUUGCACUUUGGCACAGCAUACACUGUGAAAGGCAAUCCAAAUCUGCAGAAGAAAGAUUAAGCACCAUUUACAGAGACCUUAAGAAGCUCUGUGUUCAAUUCACUGUUGCAUAACAUAUUCUACCACUUAGUUUGCUGUGGGGUAGAACCAGUUCAGCUUCUUUGUUCACUGUCAGUCAAGUUUAAAUGCCCGUUCAGACCAAAUCUUCCAGAAAGGAUCCUGCAUUAUACCCCCCUUAUACAGUGUGCACACAUGCUGCAUUAUAUAUAUCACAUACCCACAGUAGGAUUUACUCCCUAGUAGGUGUAUUCAUUGCCUUGAAAUCAUGUAUGGAUACACAUACCUGAGCUGGGAGCAAGUGCCAGUGAAUUCAGGAUUUAAUUCUGAGUAAAUAAGAUCGCACUGCACAACUCCCCUGGUUUGUGCAUGGAAGCUGAACAGUGGUGUUUCUAAAAAACAGUGAAGCUAGAGUGCAGCAAGAUCCCAAGUAUGUUUACUCAGAAGUAAACUCUACUGAGUUAAAUAGGACUUGCUCUCUGGUAAAUGUGUUUAGAAUCGAAGCUUUAAAUGCAGGCUCUGGCUAUAAUCCUGAGCAUACUUAUAAAGAAUAUUCCAUUUAUUUCAGUGGGAGUUUCAUAUAAUGUGUUUCAGAUUUGGGGUGUCAAUGUGGCCUAAAAACAAGCCACUAUCACUGAUUUUUUUAAUGCUGUAACAGGACGUUAAAACCUAUGAAUCUGCCUUGUGCCAAGUCAGACCAUUAGUUCAUCUAACACAGCAUUAUGUUUCUUCACUCACUGGCAGUGGCUCUCCAGGGCUUCAGACAGGGGUCUUUCCCAGGCUUACCUGGAGAUUCCAGAGAACCCUUUCCUGUGCCUGAGCUCCACUCUGAUUCUAUGGUGCAAA